UUGUUAAUUAUUGUUGACAAACUAUUUUUUUAAUAUCCCAAUAAUCCAUUACCAAAUCCCAUUAUCUUCCACCUUUUCUCUCUCUACGAUGAUCGAUCUGUUGUUUCUCUCUGUUGGUUCUUUUGUUGUAAAGUAGCAGUGAGAGAGAGUACGAAGUUACCAUGAUGUUGUUUCCUUCUCCACUGUCUCUCUUUUGUGCCCUUCUUCUUUGUUUGCCACUCGCCUUCAUUGUUACCAUAAAUUCCCCUCUCUCCCCCGCCGCCACCGCCGGCAAGGGAAAUUACCCUUUGCCGGAGGAUGGGAAUGACGGGAAAGUUAAGAGAAAAUCAACCGUUACUACGUUAUCACCACCGCCGAUAGGGAGGACGCAGGCACUGCUUCAACCGCCGCCGCCGCCGCCGAUUGGGAGGACGAAGGCACCGCUUCAACCGCCGCCGCCAGAGGAGGAGGAUGACGGCUCGCUGUUACGACUUGCGGGUCGGGUCGGGUCGGACCAGAGACCCGCCACGAAGCCGAAGAAAUUGGCUUUUAUGUUCCUCACUACCACGCCGCUUCCAUUUGCGCCGCUGUGGGAGCUCUUCUUCAAUGCCACGCCGGAGAAUCUGUACAACGUAUACGUACACGCGGACCCGAGGUACAAUUACACUCCGCCGUUUGGCGGCGUGUUUGCCGGCCGCGUAAUUCCGUCGAAGCCAACUCGCCGGAACACUCCCACGCUCGCCGCCGCGGCGCGGCGACUGCUCGCGCACGCGCUCCUCCACGACAAGUCGAACUACAUGUUCGCCCUCCUCUCCCCGCUCUGCAUUCCGCUUCACUCCUUCGGUUUCACUUACAAAACCGUGAUGAACUCGAACAAGAGUUUCAUCGAGAUUCUGGGUAGAGAGCCGUGGGCCUACGACAGGUGGGCGGCGCGUGGGGAUUCCGCGAUGCUGCCGGAGGUGAGGUUUGAGGAUUUCCGAAUUGGGUCCCAGUUCUACAUCCUGACACGUAAGCACGCCAGGAUUGUUGUGCGUGACCGAAGGUUUUGGUCAAAGUUCAAGCAGCCGUGCUUAUUUCGCGACACGUGUUACCCUGAGGAGCAAUAUUUCUCUACGCUCUUGAGCAUGGUAGACCCGCAAGGGUGUUCCCACGCGACGCUCACGCACGUGGACUGGAAAGGGAGUCACGGCGGUCACCCGCGGAUGUACAGUGAACACGACGUGGGACCGGAAUUAAUCCUAACCCUUCGAAAUGACCGCCCACGCUACGGUCAUGAGGAGAUGAACGGCUCCGAUCCGUCUUUGACGAAACGGCAUGACCCGUUUUUGUUCGCUAGGAAGUUCUCUCCUGACUCGAUCAAGCCGCUGAUGAGGAUAGCAAAAGAUGUAAUUUUAAAAGAGUAAGAGGGCAUUAUCGUGAUUAAAGGUUUCUUAAAACAAGUUUUAGUCAAAAGGGUUAAAGUGUCAUAAAGUGAAGAAGGCGGGACAAACCCGUACUUUAGAGUUUAGAUAUUGUACUUCGAAAUUUUAGAUAAUUGUAAUUAAUCCCAAGUUUAAGCCGUUU